AAUAAAGAUGGAUGUCAUCUGUCAACAUGUUUCGUGUUUCAUAAUUGUUCUAAACGAUCAUUUAACUUGUGUAAAUAACGAUAACACGGUGAAAAAGGUGAAAUGAGGUGAAUAAUGUUUUAAUCUAUACGAAAUGAUGUUAAAAGUUGGAAAAUAUUGUUUGAAACGAAGAAGACUUUGAAUAUUAAAAAAAUACUGCAGUGCUGUUUUAGUGAAUUUUUUUCCCCCCUUUAAGUUUUGACGAUAUUUAAUUAACAAAAAGUUUCUCGAAAAUGUCAUUAAACGAUGAUGAAAAUACUUGGGUACUUGAACUGGAAGCAGCACUUCUGGAUGCAGAAGCACCUUCUGCUUCGGAUAUUUAUGCAAUUUGCAAAGGACAACCUGUACCUGCAAAUUUAAGGCCAGAUGUUUGGCAGGCGUGUCUCGAUGUCACAGAUCGUGGCAAUCAAUUAAUUCAUUUUAAUGAAGUAUUCGAUCUUCCCGAACAAAAUAUUAUUCGUGAAGAUUGCCAACAACUUGUGGCUAAACUUGGAAACGACGAUGAAGAUAAAGUUUCCGUUGUCUCGGAUCUUGAGUCAAUAUUGACCUUUUAUUGCAAGAGUAGAAAAAAGAAAUACGAGAAGAACAAUGGAUGGCUAGAAUUAUUAGAACCAUUAAUUGCCUUGAAACUUCCCAAGUCAUCCACCUACAACUUGUUUGAGGCUAUCAGAGAUAUUUAUAUUCCCAGAGGCGAUACACAUAGCUCUGUAUUAAGACUGUUACUUUUGUACCAUGAACCCGAAUUGUGUUCAUUUCUGGAUACAAAAAGAGUUUCACCGGAUCAAUAUUCAAAAAGUUGGAUCAACACUUUAUUCGCUGGCGUUUGUUCCUUACCUGCGGUGUCAACAAUGUGGGAUCUUUAUUUUAUGCAAGCCGAUCCAUUUUUCAUGAUGUUUCUAUCUCUUAUCAUGGUGAUAAACGCUAGAGAUCAGAUUUUAAAUAUGAAGGACGAUGAUAAGGAGAGUAUAGUGAAUGCAUUGUCGGCAAUGCCUUGUGCAUUGGAAGCUGAGGAUGUGACAGAUUUUUGCUCUUUGGCACAAUAUUAUGCAAUGAAAACACCGUCAUCAUUUAAACAGGAUUUGUACAGCAUAAUGUUUGGCGAGGGUGGUGAUGAGAAAUUUAUUUCUCACGCUCUCUGCUUACCUGUUUCGGCACAGGAAUUAGUUGAAAAUACAUUUGAGACUUCAAUAUCAAAUGGUACUGUAGAUUCUGUGAGAUUUUUCCUGGUCGAUUGCAGGCCCGCUGAACAAUAUAACGCCGGACAUUUACCCACUGCUUUUCAUUUAGACUGUAAUCUAAUGCUACAAGAACCUGCAGCUUUUGCAACGGCAGUCCAAGGAUUAUUGCAAGCACAACGUCAAGCAUUAGCUGUUGGUUCGCAAGCCGGGGGAGAGCAUCUUUGUUUUCUCGGAAGUGGGCGACAAGAAGAGGAUCGAUACACUCACAUGGUGGUCGCAUCUUUUCUCCAGAAACACACACAAUACGUCAGCAUGGUCGCCAAUGGUUAUCAAGCAAUUCACGAGUACUUUGGCGACGAAGUUGUUUCGAAUCUUAUCGAUCAUAAUUCCCAACAUUGUCUCGUUUGCAAUGUGAAUAUGUCGGAUUCAAAUUCAAAUGAACCGAGUCCGGCGAAAGUGAAAAAUAAUAAUUCGGAUUUAUUUGGUAAAAUUGGUCUUGCAAUGAGAUUGAAAAGUCAGGAGGUGAAGGGAAAAAUUUUCGACUAUAUUGUCAAUCCAUCGGCGAGUACAAAUAGUAAUUCCGAUAAGAAAAAUGGAAAGGAUGGCGAUCUUGUUAAACGUAUUCCGAAUGCUGGACCUGUCUUCAGUAUUGACGAUGAUCACGAUUUAGAUAUGGUUUCGUUUCCUGAGAGCGAAAUGCCAGUUGAAGUUGUUUCCAUUCAACAGUGGUUGAAGGAUCCGAAUUUGUUACAUUCCUUUAAGUGCCAAGAAGUGAAAGUGAACGGAUUCGUUUAUGAUAGUCAACUUUUGGUGACAGAGAGUCACCUGAUAGUCUUGAGGGAAAUCCCAGGCAGAAAAGGAGCAGCUCACGUUAAAGUGAAACGGCCACUUUCGAGUAUUGUGAAAAUAACGUCACGCAAACGUCAUCCAGAUCUUAUCACAUUUAAAUAUGGAACCACACAAUACAAUGACACUCUCCUCAUUUCGGACAUGGACAGGUUUCUCAUUCCGAAUGCAAGCGAAGCGACAAAACUCAUUUCCCAACAGAUUCUACGACAAUUGAAGGCUGCAAAUGAGGAAAGUGAUAAAUAAUUCGGUAAGUUUGACUGAAGGGGACAAAAAAAAAAAACAGAAAAGAUUGAAAGUCGACUCUUUUAGUAUAAAUAAUCUUGUUACCAUUUUACCAAUGCUUUUUCCUUAGGAUCGAAUUUUUUACUUAAAUCAAAAAAAAUAGAAAACUAAUAUAUAUUACAAAAAAGGGCCCAUUAACUUAAGUUUCAAAUAUAAGUUAAGAAAUUUAUUUUUUGAAAUAUUUUCUAUUUGUAUAUAAUUUGCAUUUUCGAAUUUUUCUUUUACUUUAUUUUCAUCAAUAAUAAUCCAACUAGGGAAAGGUUGAUUAUUUUGUCUAUAAUUUUUCAAUUUGUAUUAAUUUAUAUUUUCCACUUUUAAAGGGUCUCAACCGAAAUAAUCCACCUUUCUCUAAACUAAUCUCUAACUAGUAUUAUUAAAUUACAAAAAACAAAAAAAAAUUCAAAGCUUUUUCAUUGCAUUUUUUGUUUGUAA